CUACUUUGAUAUAUUCCAAUACCUUAAUAUAAGUCCAAACACAAUUCCUAGAAAUUACAAAAGCAAUGGCGUCCACAAAACCCCUCGUCCUAGUCGUUGGAGGCACAGGAGUCCAAGGCAUGCAUGUUGUCAAAGGUACAUUCUCAUAACCUACAUCCAUAAAACACAAGAAUCCCACUAAAAACCGCAGAACUCGCACAAGACGGCGCCUACAACAUCCGCCUCAUAACCCGCCACGCUAAUUCUCAGCACGCGCAAGAACUUGCGCAACUUCCAGGAGUAGCCAUCGUCGAAGGCGACAUCUAUUCCGAGCACGAUCUCCACAGAUUCUUUUCAGGUUGCACGCAUGCCUUCAUCAACACCAACGGUGGUGCCAUUGGCGAAAAAGCUGAAAUUUAUUGGGGCAUCCGAUAUUACGAAAUUGCACGCACACACAAAUUGCAACAUUUCUUAUACUCCAGUCUCGAAUAUUCACUCAAGAUGUCAGAUUUUGAUAAUGAUUACAGAGAUGGACAUAUGGAUGCGAAAGCGAAGGUUGCGGAGUGGAUUAGCGUGCAGGGCACGAAGAAGAUGAAGUGGAGUAUUUUGACUAGUUGUUUAUAUAUGGAGAUGUUGAACGAGUUGUUGGCUCCGCAUCCCGAUAAGGAGGAUCCGGAAGCUUUAGCAUUUAUUGCGCCGCUGGGUCCCAGGGGAAGUGCACCGUUGAUUGCGUUGGAGGAUUUUGGGAAGUAUGCUAGAUGGGUGUUUGACCAUCCGGAACGUAGUAAUGGACUUAAUCUCCAUGUUGCUUCUCAAGAAGUCGUUUGGGCUGAUUUACCAGAUGCAUUCACUGAGGUUACCGGCAAGAAGGCGGUGUAUAGGGAUGUAACAAUUGAUGGCUGGUUUGAUCUUGGGCUCUUCCCUAAUCCGGAUGCGAAGUUCGGGCAUAGUGCUCCUGGGGACGAAGGAACAUUGCAAACAUUUCGGGAGAAUUUUGGAGGAUUCUGGAGGUUUUGGAAGAGUGGCAAGGUGAGGAAAGAUUGGGUUUUGAUGGAUGAGAUUUUGCCGGGUAGAAUAAGGUCGGUGAAAGAGUGGAUGAAGAAGAGUGGUUAUGAUGGAAACGUCAAGCCUUUAUUGCAUGAUUUUCAUCAGAAAAAGAGAGAAGCUUAGGAAUAAAAAAGAAGGUUGAUACCUCUUCAGGAUCGUAGGAAGGCUGAUGAUGAAGCUUUUCCAGAUCGGACUAGAGCUUAGGAGAUGAAGUUCUUAAUGAAUGAACAACUUUAUGAUCAAACUGAUGCCCUGCAGUGGCUAUGAUAAGAGCCCCGAAUAAAUUUGUCACACGGCACCCAAACAGUGAUAUAAAUUAACGGCGAA